GGCCAUAAGGGCACCAACUCCAACAAUCUCCCACUUUUACUAUGGCAUCGGUCGAAUGCCCAUUGACCUAGUGUGACCCUCAUGCUUUAGCUUUCCCAUGGGCUUGGUUAGGGGAUCGGCUAUGUUGUCGUCUGUUCCUACUUUGCAAAUCUCCACAUCACCUCUAUCUACAAUUUCUCGUAUGAUGUGAUAACGUCGUACAAUGUGUUGGUCUUUUGGUGAGAUCGUGGUUCCUUUGCUUGCGCAAUGGCCCCAGUGUUGUCGCAAAACUACGGGAUUGGGUCAUUAAUGCUAGGAACCACUCCAAGUUCAGAGAUGAACUUCUUUAUCCAAACACCUUCCUUUGCUGCUUCAGCAGCAGCCAUGUACUCAGCCUCUUAUCUGCUGGUCACGCUUAAAGCGAAUGAGACAUCAAGUCUAGUACAUAUCAUGACAUACAUGAUGGAACCAAUUGCAGAAGCAUAUGGGACCUUCAUCAUGAGUUCCUUCUACUCGGGAGUAGAAGGACUCUGGCUCUUGGAAAAGAGCCGUGCCAGAUUCAUCAUACUCCGAACCAUAUCGAGCAGCGUUGAGUUUCUCCUUUCAGACACUCCAUUUAAUUGGGGUGUGCCGGGAGGAGUCAGCUGGGAUAGGAUCCCGUGCUCUUUUAGAUAGUCGUCGAACUCUAGGCUUAAGUACUCACCUCCUCGAUCCGAGCGGAGGAUCUUGAUACUUUUGCCUAAUUGUUUCUCUACUUUGUUUCUGAAUUCUUUGAACUUGUCAAAGCAUUCCGAUUUGUGUUUCAUGAGAUACACAUAUCCAUAUCGACUGAGGUCGUCAGUAAAUGUUACGAAGUAUGAGAAACCACCUCUAGCUUCAGUGUUGAUUGGGCCACAUACCUCAGAGUGUAUGAGGCCUAAUACAUCACUCGCCCUUUCACCGUGACCGGUGAAUGGAGCCUAUGUCAUUUUACCGAGUAAACAAGAUUGGCAUACAUAAUAAAACUCGAGGUCAAAU